GGUUCUCUGUCUUUAUAUGAGAUACAAGAGAAAAAGCAUGAGAGCCAAUCUGGUAUCCCUUGUUGCCAUACACAUUGGCACUUUGGCUUUAUUGCACCCAAUUGCAGGGUCCAGAGCAAAGGGCACAGACGGCCAACGACAGAAAGGUAUUCAAGCAAAUAACUGGCAAAGACGGAAUGCCAAUAAAUCAGCAGCUCAUCUGGUUGGUAUCAAAAAAGGUACAAACAAGACUUUGAGCUGGAAGCCGACACAUGAAUUAUCCUUCGUCCGCCCCUCCAUGAAAUAUGCAGACGCCAACCUGAUAGUCCAUCGAGAUGGUCUAUAUUACGUCUACUGUCAAGUUGCAUUCCGUGGCCGAGUGGCAAAUAUUGUGCUUUUUAGUCAAGUUAUCCAGCAUGAUUCAGAUUUCAGAAACAAUGUCCUACUUUCAGGCAUAGAAAGUGUUGCAGGUCCUUCAUCAGGGUCUUCAAUGUGGUAUGCAACAUUGGGACAGGGAGGGCUAGCAAGGCUGAAGGGUGGCUACCACCUCUCUGUAAUAGUUAGCCACCCAGAGCUUGUAGAUGACAGAGAUGGCAUGACUUUCUUUGGCCUUGUUAUGGUCUCCUGAACCUGAAUUGGUUUAUAUAUUUAUAUAUGUAAUGUACAAUAAAAUGUUUUUAUUUAUGUAACACACCAUGGGGUAUA